AUGAGCGCACGUGAACGCCUCUCUCUGCUCGCUCGUCCCGCCCUGUCUGACCAAUCAGAGCGCAGCAGCCCGGUGCAGCAGUGGAGCCCGGACAGGAGCACAGCAGAGCGGCGGAACAGCGGCAGAACAGCGGAGGAGCUCGACCUGCGUGACCGCCCUCGCUGCUUCACCCCCGAGGACAUCCACCUCCUGUGGCUCCCGGUCCGCGGCAGCUCAGCCUUCAGCGUCCGACUGAAUGAUCCAGCGGUGCUCCCAGCUGGUCCCUGCUCACCUCAGAGGCCUGACCAUGAAGACUGCAGCUGA